GUGCUGCACAUUGUAUCGAUCUCAUGUUGAUGGACAUUGGAAAGAUCCGUAGAGUGCAACAAACGAUGGAGACAGCCCAACCAUUACCAGGUAUAUUUAUAGUCAUAACUGGAUCCUUUCAUUGAUGAGAAAGUAUACACAAGGAGAGAUUCUGAGAUCAGGAGUCACACAGUUUGCUACCAACUUCAUCGCACUUGAUAGCAUACUCGAGAAGAGAGAAGCCCUGCGUCAGAUGUUUGCCAGUCUUGAGUGGUAUGAUAGUAGAUAUUCUUAUGCUGACACUGAAGGGAGCAAGAUAGAAGACUUGGUGAUGAGACAGCCAUUCUGGCAGCGGGCUACUGCAAUAGUCAAGGCUAUCAAACCAUUAUAUGAAGUGCUGCGGGCCGUAGAUAGCGAGAUCUACCCCCAGAUGGGAUUUUUGUAUCACAUAAUGGUCAAGGCAAAGGAUCAGAUUAUGGAGGCAGAUCCAGCACAUGGCCGGUCGUACAUCAACAUCAUUGAGCAAUGGUGGGGAGCGCAAAUGGGUAAGGAUUUGCAUCUAGCGGCAUACUACCUAAACCUCCGGUUUCAGUACACUUCUGGAUGCAUACUACCUAGCAUAGAUGGAAUUGGUAUGGAUGAAACACUUCUGGAUGCUUUGCGUAAUGUGAUUUACAAGAUGGAGCAUGAUCCAGAAAAAGCGGUCCUAUGUCUUGAAGAGAGCAAAUUAUUUAGAGAGGGCAGCUACAAGUUUGGCCAACGAGCGGCUGUCGUCAGCAAACACAAUAUGAAUCCAGGUACGUGACACAUCAGGAAAACAUUCAUCCGGUGUUACUUAGUUACUAUUAUGGAACUAUCAUAUAUGUAAUUUUCAUAAAUAUUUUUGCAGCUGAAUGGUGGGUGCAUUUUGGCGGGUCCGCGAGAA